UUCGCUAGUUUUCGGCGUCAAAUAAUGGCCGAACGUUUGGCUAGGUCGUUGGCUAGUAUAAUUUUAUAAAAAACUAGUUUUUAUUUAGUAACGUUCUUCCUGAACAAAAACAACUUGCUGCUUAGUGGUUUCUAAUCUGGAUAGUGAAUGUUGACGAUUUAUGAACGGAACAGUUUGUGAUGUGAACUCUGAAUUCCUAUUAAGUAAAAUGUGUUUUGGCUAACGACUCCGCGAUGCGUUUGGGAGGGGCGCUGGCCACAUUCAGUUGCUCCGACACUUUGCUUGUGAAGUGAUAGUGUGUAGUGAUAGUGAUUAGUGUUAGUGCCGGGUUCGUGAAGCCCGAUGUUGGCGUCAUGGCCUACCUGAAUAAGAAGAAGCGGUACAAGUUUGGGGUCCAAAUUUGUCUCGAGGAACUAACGGAGGUUCCGUUUGUGUCGGCUGUGCUGUUCGCCAAGGUGCGACUCGACGGUGGAAAUUUUGUGGAUUAUUCAAGCAGGGAAGAGGUCCGUGAACACGCAGUACGGUGGAAUUCAACGUUCUCGUUCGUGUGCAAGAUGUACGCAAAUGCGAACACGGGUGUGUUAGAGCCGGCGAAACUACGAGUUUCUGUACGGAAGGAGUGUAAAGGUGGUCGUUCAUACCAGAAGCUGGGCUUCUGCGACAUGAACCUCGCAGAGUUGGCGGGUUCGGGAGAAACGACUCGGCGGUGUCUUCUAGAGGGUUACGACAAUAAGUCCCGGCAGCGGCAGGAUAACUCUGUUCUCAGGAUACGCAUCAAGAUGAAUAUGAUUUCGGGAGACCCUCUGUUUAAAGUACCUGAAAGCAAACAAGAGGUGUCAGAAGGCAGAUCGGCGGGGACUCCGGACAGUGGAGCUGAUACAGCGCCAGCGGCAGACGACGACUGCGCCUCGUCAACUGCCAGCUCAGGCUUCGGAUCAUUGACUAAGAAGCACAAUUAUGAGGGUAGCCACAAUCAGCCGUUAUCAUCCCUCCCAUCGUGUGACCUACCUUCGCCUGACAAUGAGGAACCGCCCACAUCUCUUCCAGAUUGUCCUGGUUUAACCGUAGUAUCGGGAUCGUGCGCCGAAUGCCAUCAACACCCGCACACGCACUCUCGUAACUCGUCCAACACUUCGGGAGACAUGAGCAGCAAGGUAAUGCUGGCAUCAGGGUACGGCAGUUCCGUGUCAGCUGCGUCUGCUCACUCGAGGCAGAGCUCCGAAGGUGACUCCGCACCUGACAGACCACAUCACAAUAGCGUGCGCGUGGAACGAACUACGAGGACGACGACCACAGUAUACGUCCCGCGAUGCAAGCACGCGGGCCUCGCCAAGCUGGUCAUAGAACGGACCCUCACUGACACCUCUGACCUUUACCUCUCCCCUCCCUCUGACAUCUCAGAACCCUAUCUCACCCCCAACGCUACUCUCACGGCACAGCCUGACGUCAUACCGAGGCACGUCAUCCAUUCCCCCCCUAGCGAAGAGUACAAAACCCCAGACAGCACAAUCCACGACGAUUCAUUCACGAUGCCCACGUACUUCGAUCAGAAGAGACGAGCCGCAUCGAUAAUAUCGUCAGUCGUAGAACCGCUCACCAACUUCCAAAUUCUGAAACAGAAGUCGCUCAACACUAUUCCAGCUUUAAUAGAGAAGAACAAAAAGAAUGAGGAGUUGUUCACAAACUUUCCCUUCCUAACGCCUCUCGCGCAUAGAAAGAACUCUCUAGUCGCAAACAGGCUCUCCGGAUGCAUAGAAGAUGAGUUCUAUUGCAUUCCAUCUGAGCCCGAGGAUCUGACGGAGAAGAUAGACGUGAGGCAUAGGUUUAGGAGUGUCUCCAACCGGGCGCUAAAUGAGCAGAUGACGUCUACCCCAAAGUCAGAGGUGGAACUUCUAAGGCACAGUGUCGCCGUAUGUGCAAGAAAUCCGUCUUCGGGGUCAUUGACCGCAUCUGCGUCUGAGUCUGGUUCGUUAGAGCGCGCGCGUGCCGCACUCGAGAGACGGAAAAGAGUCGCUGUACCGCCCGUACAGGACGAUACACAGCAUGCGGUAUCGUGUCGUGUGGAGAACACCCGUGUGAACCCUAAGUCCCUGAUCGAGGAGAUCAUCUCCGCUACCGAUCUUAAGCAGGCCGUAGAGGAUCCGGCCGAGACUUCCGGUCUCCAGCUAUUCAUAACCCCGGAAGGAACGGCGGAACUAGGUUCGAGGCAGCGUGCAAGACAACUUGCGAGACGAGAUUACCAACGUGUCGUGUUACACCCCCAUCCCAGACCACACCCGAGGGACCACAGGUAGCCAACGAUGUGAAAGUGCGACUCUGCGCGCGCAAUGCAAACCUGACACUUGAUACCUGACGAAAGAUUCGACGCUUAGUGUUCAUUUUGCUUGAGUCCUAGGACUUUGUGAACUAUAACAAAUAUUUUUGCAACGCUUUAUAAGUGUUAGUGUAUGGGACAUGCCGACAAUCUAUUGACGCAAAAACGAAAAAGCUUGCUGUCUCUAUAAUUUCCCUAAUAAAAACAGAGAUAGUCGAAAGCGUAUGAGUGCUGGCUUUAAUAUAAUGCUUUUUUGAGAGACAAUUGUAUUAUUUGCCAAUAACCAUAUUGUAUGUGGAGUAAAGAUUGUGUUGCCAUGGUUACGACUUCAUAGUAAGUCACAGUAACUAUGGUAACGAAUCCUUUACUUGAAUCUACGUUUUAUAAUAAGGUAUAAGAAGGAAACCUACAAAUAUUGUGAUCGACAACGAGCAGAUAACCAUACUAUUGUCGAUAUUCUAAAAACAUUAUUUUCACGUUAAAUGUAGAAUGGGCUAGCUGACUUUAUUGAGUUUGUAUGGAAAUGGAGUUAUAUUUGACAUUAAAUACGACGAUCCCUUAUAUAUUAAAUUUAACACAUAAAUUUAUUUUAAUUUUAUUGUUAAUUAUUUAAUUAGUCUUUUACAUUAGUGAUGCGUAUUUUGUAAUAUCAUUAUUUAUUAUAAAAAUACUGUCAUAUAAUUAAACGUCAACUGGCCUAUUCAAGUGUUCUCGAUAAAAGCGUUUUUAAUGCGGUGGCAAUGCUUUAAGUUGAGGUGUAUUGACACGUGAAUGUGGUAUUUGUGAAUUGUAUAGAACGUUCCUCCUGUAAAUAAACCGUCGAGACGACAUAUUUAUUGUUUUUUAAUGUAUUAUAAUUUAUGCCAUAUGUUUUACUAUGUGUAUUAUAUUCGGCUCGGGACAUGCCUAUUAUGUAAAUAUAUCUUCGUUUUAUUUGUAUGAACUUUUAAAUGUUUUUAACCCUACGUUUUUACUUAAUUGUACGCAUUUCCUUAAGCCGAUGUAGUGCUUUAAACUUAUUCGGUCAGCUCGAUAUCGCUUCUAAAACAAUUAGUUCCUGUAUUAGGUCAGAUGAGUUUAAGGUGCUAUGAACCUUUUGAUGGCAGUUCGAGUGAUGAAGUCGUUAUUUAUUCACUUUUGUAAAAUACGACAAUUUGUGUGUUCCUAUGCUUAUUGAAAGGAUAUAAAUAAUUCUUUGCUUCCAUUUUGUACGAAUUUGUGUUUCUAAGUAAUUUGCAGUCCUCCAGUUUCUCCUUCAGAACGAGUGCUCACAUGACGGUGCUAAGUCAGUGUGUAGUUAGUUUAGGUACUGGGACGUCAUCCCUUAGUAAUUUAAAUCGAAAUUGAGGGUAGUCCACAAAAUGUUAGUUGAUACUGUAAAAAUUAUAAGAAUUGGACUUCCUUAUUAUUAAAUGCCACUUUUGUAAUUGGUCAUAAAAUAAUUUAACUAUUUGAUUUUAAUCAGAUAUGAAAUUCGCCUUUAUAUUGAAUAAAAUGAGACUGUUAUUCCCAAACGAACUGAUACCUUCGAAGUCCUCCAGUCCAGGCUGAGUUAUUCAAUAUCAAAUACGCUUGCUUGCGUUUUUUGAUUUUUCACUGCCACUAGAGGACAAAAUACAUGUAGACUUUUAUCAGUAAGCCCUGAUUUUACAAUAACUUAGUAUAUCUACGAUAUAAUUGAAAUUCAUUUGUUUAAGUGUCAAAUUUCUGUGAUUGAAACAUAAAUAUAUAUUUUUUUCAAACCCCCAUUUAACAUUACUAUUUAAUUAUUAAAACAGUGAUAAAUAAUGAUCUAAAUAUAUGCAUAUAUGUAUUUAAUUUAAUAUUUCAAUGGCGGGAUGGCUCAGCUGUGCCAAAAACACUGGAUCCUUCAUGCGAGCGAGAUAGACAUAUUAAAAUAAGCUACUGAUUGAUUACAAAUAGUAAAAAUUCGAUUUUUUCAAACUUCAAUACAAAAAAAUAAUGACUAAAGCAAGUUUUAUUCUAUGUAUUUAUUUUUAAAUUCUGACGAAUUUGAUAAUUCUGUAUUCGAAUAUAGUAGAGGUUGAUACGUUAUUGUUACAUCUAGAUUGUGCCACGUUCUCUAGAUUAGAUGAUUUCGCUCGUAUGAAGGAUCACGUUAUAUGGAAAAUAUUACGACGGGAUAUUUCUAAAUAGGGUUUGAAGCUUUAUACCGAGAUCUGUCAAUCCUUUGCGAAAGCUUGAGGUUUGCCUAUAAAGCUAACUGCCCGCCGCCCGACUUGGACAUUUUUAGACGUGGCUACCGUAGCGGUUGCAUUUACAUGUUAUUUAUCGUGUUGAAAUUAUGUAUUCAGUAUUAAUGUACAAUUAAUUUAUUGAGUAAGGUCGCUAAGUACAUCGUAACGUGUAUUGCGAUGUGUUUCCCGACAGGCGGAUGGGACGGCGGCGGAAUUGUAUCAUAUGUCUUGUAAUACAGCCUGUGCAGUAUUUAAAUAAAGGACGUGUUUAGAGCUA